GGGGGUCGGAACCUCAGAGCGCGAGCCCCUGACGCCGGGCCCGGAGCGCACAGUGGGCGGGGAAGACGGAGAUUUCUUCGCCCUGCUCGCCCUUGGUGUUUUGCGAACACAUCGGGGCUCCCGGCUCUUGCAGGGUUCAUUCUUGUGCGGUGCCCAGAAGCAGGAACGGUCCACGAUGAACCGCUUGACACAGCACCUGCUGGAGCUGUUGAAGACGAUGGGCAGUGGUCGCGAUUUUGAUAGAGUUUUGGAAAAGAUGACUCUGGUCUCUGCUACCCCUGGGAAACUGAUUUGUGAAAUGAGAGUAGAAGACGACCAUACCAAUAAGUACGGCACUCUGCAUGGUGGCAUGAUAGCCACCUUAGUGGAUAACGUAUCAACAUUGGCUCUGGUAGCCACAGAAAGGGGAGCACCAGGAGUCAGUGUCGAUAUGAACAUAACGUACAUGGCACCGGCUAAAAUAGGAGAAGAUAUAGUGAUAACAGCCCAUGUUCUGAAGGAAGGAAAAACACUUGCAUUUACCUCCGUGGAUGUGACGAAGAAGGCCACGGGAAAAUUAAUAGCACAAGGCAGACACACAAAACACCUGGGAAACCAGAACUAAAGAAAUCCAACAGCGAACACCAAGUGUAAAUUUGACUUGAACAGAUGUAAUUUUCAAAAUAAAUUAGCACAACCAGAAGUGGUGAAGAAAUCUUUUCUUUGGAGAAAAUGACACUGAGUGAGAUGCUUUUUAUCUU